AUUAAGAAUUACGAUGUUGAUAAUAGUAGUAAUUAUUUAAGAUAAUAAAAGUUAUAAUUUCUAAUUAUCAUAAAUAAUCGUAAAUUUUACCAUAAAGUUGGUAGAUACUACAAUUCAGAUUGUUUAUUUAAUAAUUUAAAGUAUAUUUUCUAUCAUAAAAUUCAGUUUAAAGAUUCUACUAUAACUCGAUGAUAAACUUAUACCAUAAAAUUCUCUCCGUGUAGGUAAAAUAUAUAUUUCUUUAUUUAACCGAGGAUUUAAAUCACGUGCAUUAUCAUCGAUCGCGUGAUCAACAAACACGUGCAGACUUUGACGCAAUAUGAAAAAGUCGCACGUUUAUGUGACGUAUUAAAUAGUUCAUAUCAACUAAGUUAAGAGACCUAGUACCCGAUCACUCCAUGUAUUUGUAUAUCUAUAUUUAGUCAAAUUUAGUAUAUAUAGAUAUGCAAAUACAUGAGUGAUCAGGUACGAGGUCUCUUACCUUACCAGUACAAUAUUUCGAAAUUGUAAAAAUUAAAAAAGUUGUUUAUAUUAUUAUUAAAAAUGCUCUCUUUAACAAAUUCAAUAUUAACGUCUGAAAACUUUUGUUAUUUGGAUUCAACGACUUUUACGAAAAUUGAAUCGACAGAUAAAUUAUUUUCUGAAUCUUUGAGGACAGAAUCAGACAUAUCGACUGAUUGUAAUUCACAAUCAAUCAAAACGUAUGAGAAUGAAUCAAAGCUUGAAAAAUUACAUAUUGAUGAUUCAACAGAGUUGUCAUUAAAAGAUAUUAUAAAAACUAUGAGCCAAUAUCAGUUGCUUCAAGAACUUUCUCUGUCAUAUUCUGUAUUAAGUGAUGAUCUUCUUACAACAAUAUCUUGUGAUGAUCGAAUAAAUCUUAAAACCAUAAAAAUUGAAGCUUAUCCUGAUAUAAAACCAUUACCACGUAUUAGUGACGAUACUUGGUUUACACUAGAAAAUCGAUCACCUAAUCUUAAUCUUGUUCUGACGUCAUAUUUAUCAGACGAAGAUGAUUAUGAUAUUUUACUAACUACAUCAAUGCCUGUGACACAUUUAUUUUUUAGUGGAUCUCCUUCUGAAAUAACUAUUUGCCGGAUUGGUAAAAAUUGUCCGCGACUUGUAGAACUUAUUCUCAGUUCAUAUAAUUUUGGUACAAUUGACCAACCAUUAAUUUCCACUGCUAAUGGAUGUACAAAAUUAACAUCUAUAAGCCUUGGCGACUGUGAGCUCACAUGUUCUGGUCUCAUAGAAUUCGUUGAAAUUUGCAAAGAUCGCCUUCAAUUACUUUUCAUAUGGGAAACAUCUCUCGUAGAAGAUACCAAUUUUGACGUAAAUGAAGCAACAUUAAGAGUUUCAAGUCUUCUAGGCCGAUCAUGGACACCAGAGUGUAUUCCACCUUGGUAGUAAUUAAAAUUAAAUGUACGAAAACAAAAAUUUGUAUAUAUUUUAUAUUGUUUACAAUUAUUCAAAAUUAAUAAAUUUAUUCUAAUAUAUAUAAGUAUGUAAA